UAUUCGACUUCGCGAAUGAAUAAAAAUAAUUGAAAAGUAUGGAUAGUUUUAUUAUUAUCUGCAUUGCUCUAUCGUUCGCAUUUAUCUUAGAAUGGUUCGUGAGAAAAUUAAAAAUUGACAAUUUCGAUAAACGGUUUGUUUUGGUAACCGGGUGCGAUUCGGGUUUUGGUUUGGAGUUAGCAAAGAAACUAGACAAAAUGGGAUUUAAUGUGUUUGCUUGUUGCCUCACAAAAUCUGCAGUUGAGAAAUUCAACGAAACAAGUUCUUCGAAAUUGAAAGCGAUAGAAAUGGAUGUCACAAAGGAUGCAAGUAUUGAAAAGACGAUGGAAAUAGUUAAACGGAGAUUACCAAAUGGAAAAGGUUUAUGGGCAGUAGUGAACAAUGCUGGUAUACUUGGUGGAGUAGGACCAACCAUUCUUCAUACAAGACAGGAAUACGAGAAUACACUUGCUGUUAAUUUAUACGGUGUUAUCAUGGUAACAAAAGCGUGCCUGCCGUUAGUUCUUCAAGAACAGGGGAGAAUUGUGAACACUUCAAGUAUAGCAGGAAGAGUUGCUUUCAUAAAUUCUUCUUAUACUAUUUCCAAAUAUGGUGUGGAGGCUUUUUCCGAUGUUCUAAGAAGAGAGAUCUAUAGAACUGGUACCAAAGUACAAAUCAUCGAGCCAGGAGCUUUCAAAACUCCCAUAUGGAAACCUCUCCAACAGAUGAGUGUAGACAAAAUAGCGAGUUUACCUGCCGAGAUAAAAUCGCAAUUGCCCGAUGACGCUGCGGACAAAAUGGUAGCACCUUACAAGAUUCUGGAGGAAACCGGAUCGACACAAUAUAAUCUUGUUGUUGAUGCAUACAUCCAUGCGAUAACAGCAAAGUUUCCAAGAAAAAGGUACCUUGUAGGCACAGAUGCCAAAUACACCUAUCGGUUGCUAUGGAAUUUGCCUGAAUUUAUAAGUGAUUAUUUCUUUGACAAACAAGGGAUUUACAAUGUUUAGAGCCAUUGUCUAGAAUGAGGACUGACGAACACAGCUGAUAUCGUCCUUCGGGAAAAUAUUACACAAGUGUAUCACUUUAUAUUUAUCAUAGUUAUUAAAUUAUAUGUGUAUCAAGCAGAAUAUCUGUAUUUAAGAAUUUUUUAAAAAGGGGUCGGGUGUCGAGGAUGCAUGGCCGAAUUUCAAUCAAUUGCUUUUCAUCAUUGGAGGUUCGAAUUCUGACAGGGACUAGGAAUUGUCAGCUCUGAUCCCGCCCGGAACUAAGUAAUUUCAGUUCGGAUCCCGUCAGGGCCCUAUAAUUAGAAAACUUGUUAUUUUGCAAAUCACUCUUCAAUUUUUAUGUCGCCUAGCACCAUACCGUUUACAUAUGUUAUUAUUAUUAUUAUUAUUAUUAUUAUUUUUAUUAUUAUUAUUAUUAUUAUUAUGUUAUUUAUGGAAACAUGUGUAUUUGACAUAACAACUUACAGAUAGUAGUAAUUAUAGACAUUUGUGUCGCUAAGCAGUAAAAUACUUCAAGUCAUAUGUUUCAUGUACUGAAGGUGAUUGAUUGACUUGUUCAAGGGAUUUUAAAUUUUCCAGGACUAUAAAAUAUUUUCAAAUAGCAGAACAAGACUGACUGGCCUAUUUUAUGACUUCUUUAUUCUUAGUGUGGCAGCCAUCUUGAAUUCAAUUGGAUUAAAUUGUUUUUGUUCAACUAUUUGUGAAGAAGGGGUUGCUGCUAAAUAGAUUUCCAGCACAAAGACAUUAAGGCUACUAUCACACUUCAAUUCAGCACACAACUCUCACAAACAGAGCAAGAAUGAUAACACUUUAGAUAUUGAAACUUUCCUUCAAUAGAUGGUGAUGAAAAUGGGUUUAUCUAACACCUUUGAAAAAAUAUAAAAAAAAACCUUUUCUUAUAUGUAAAUAAUUGAUAUAUUUAUAUAAAUAUAUGGAUAAUGAAUACAUACACGAUAGUUAAAAAUGA